AUGAAAUUAUCCAGUUACGAUCAUCUAACCUCAGACAACAUUAUCUUUAAUGAAGCUAAAGAGUACAAAGUGAAAGAUAGCAAGAUCAAAUACAAACGUAUUCCAAUUGAAGUUAAAUAUCUAAAUGGAAAGAAAGGACCACUUGUAAUCGAAACUCCACUUCUUUUUAGCUUUGGCGUGAAUGAGAAGAAAAAUCAAGAAACAAACAAGUUAGUAGGUUAUAGUAUGCCAGUAUGUCUUUGGGCUAAAGAUAGCGAACCGAAUACUAAAGAAAAAGCAUUUUUUGAUGCUAUUAACAAUGUAAAAAAUCUCUCUCAGCGACAUCUAGAGAAUGAAUACGGUGCAGAUCUAGCAUCAAAUCUGUCUUCACCGUUUUAUUACAUACAGGAAGAAUAUACUGAUAAGAAAGGAAAGAAGAAAACAAGAAUAGAUCCCUCAGCUGCUCCAGUGCUUUAUGCUAAACUUAUUUAUUCUGAGAAAUCAAAGAAAAUUCUUUCUCUGUUUAAGACAAAGGGAAAGAAGGAUUUAAAUCCUUUUAAAUAUAUUGAUCAGUACUGCAAUGUUAAAAUGGCUUUAAUAAUUGAAGGAAUCUUUAUAAGUAAAACUGUUACAUCUUUGCAAAUAAAAGUACAUGAGUGUUAUGUCAAACCACUUAAACCUAGAGAGUCUUUACUAAGAAUUGAAGAGGAAAAGGAAGAGGAAGAGAGUGAGCAAGUAGUUGAAGACUUAGUUAUCUCUGAUACAGAAGAAACUGAGUAA